AUGUCGCAACAACUGCCGAUACGUUUUCAGGAGCACUUACAGCUCACCAACAACAACAUCAAUGCGAGCUCGAUCUCGUUCACCAACCUGACGAUGGAGUCGGACAAGUUCAUCUGCGUCCGGGAGAAGGUCGGCGAGACGGCACAGGUCGUGAUCAUCGACAUGAACGACGCACAGAACCCGAUCCGGCGGCCGAUCAGUGCCGAUUCGGCAAUUAUGAACCCGGCGAGCAAGGUGAUCGCACUGAAGGCGCAAAAGACGCUGCAAAUCUUCAACAUCGAGAUGAAGUCGAAGAUGAAGGCGCACACGAUGACCGAGGAGGUGGUGUUCUGGAAGUGGAUCACGCUCAACACGUUGUCACUGGUGACGGAGACGUCCGUGUACCAUUGGUCCAUGGAGGGCGACUCGACACCGAUCAAGAUGUUCGAACGCCACUCGUCCCUGAACGGGUGCCAGAUAAUCAACUAUCGCACCGAUCCGAAGCAAGCUUGGUUGCUGCUAGUUGGUAUUUCGGCACAACAGAAUCGUGUGAUCGGCGCUAUGCAGCUGUACUCGGUCGAGCGCAAGGUGUCGCAAGCGAUCGAGGGUCAUGCUGCCUCGUUCGCGACCUUCAAGAUGGAGGAGAACAAGGAGCUAUCGACGCUGUUCUGUUUUGCCGUUCGCUCGCAAACCGCGGCCAAGCUGCACAUCAUCGAGGUUGGCACACCACCGGCCGGUAAUGUCGCGUUCAGCAAGAAAGCGGUGGACGUGUUCUUCCCACCUGAAGCGCAGAGUGACUUUCCUGUCGCGAUGCAAGUCUCGCCCAGGUACGACGUCAUCUACCUGAUCACUAAGUAUGGGUACAUUCACAUGUACGACAUCGAGACGGCGACCUGCAUCUACAUGAACCGCAUCUCUGGCGACACCAUCUUUGUGACGGCGCCACACGAAUCGAGCGGUGGCAUUAUAGGUGUCAAUCGCAAGGGCCAGGUGCUCUCGGUGACCGUUGAUGAGGAGCAGAUCAUCCCGUACAUCAACACGGUGCUGCAGAACCCAGAUCUGGCGCUGCGCAUGGCCGUACGUAACAAUCUGUCCGGUGCCGAGGAUCUGUUUGUGCGCAAGUUCAACCAGCUGUUUCAGAACGGGCAGUUCGCGGAGGCGGCCAAGGUGGCUGCGAUCGCACCGAAGGGCAUCCUACGAACGCCCCAGACGAUCCAGAAGUUCCAACAGGUGCCGGCCCAACCGGGCACUAACUCGCCGCCGCUUCUGCAGUACUUUGGCAUUCUGCUCGAUCAGGGCAAGCUGAACAAGUACGAAUCGCUCGAGUUGUGCCGGCCGGUGCUGGCGCAAGGCCGCAAGCAGCUGUGCGAAAAGUGGCUGAAGGAGGAAAAGCUCGAAUGCAGCGAGGAGCUGGGAGACUUGGUGAAGCCCUCCGAUCCGACACUGGCGCUUUCGAUCUAUUUGCGCUCAAACGUGCCGAACAAGGUGAUCCAGUGCUUCGCCGAGACGGGACAGUUCCAGAAGAUUGUACUGUACGCCAAGAAGGUGAACUAUAGUCCGGAUUACGUGUUUCUGCUCCGCUCCGUGAUGCGCACGAACCCGGAGCAAGGAUCGGGCUUUGCGAGCAUGCUUGUGGCCGAUGAGGAGCCGCUGGCGGACAUCAACCAGAUCGUGGACAUCUUCAUGGAGCAGAAUAUGGUGCAGCAAUGUACGGCAUUCUUGCUGGACGCGCUCAAGAACAACCGGCCUGCUGAGGGUGCGCUCCAGACGCGCCUGCUCGAGAUGAACCUUAUGUCGGCCCCGCAAGUCGCCGAUGCGAUUCUUGGAAACGCCAUGUUCACGCACUACGACCGUGCGCACAUUGCGCAGCUGUGCGAGAAGGCUGGACUGCUGCAACGUGCUCUCGAACACUACACCGAUCUGUACGACAUUAAGCGGGCGGUUGUGCACACUCAGCUGCUGAACGGUGACUGGCUGGUCGGGUUCUUCGGUACACUCUCGGUGGAGGAUUCGCUCGAAUGCCUGAAGGCGAUGCUGACGGCUAACAUUCGGCAGAAUCUGCAGAUCUGCGUGCAGAUUGCGACAAAGUACCACGAACAGCUGACGACGAAGGCACUGAUCGAUCUGUUCGAGAGCUUCAAGAGCUACGAGGGAUUGUUCUACUUCCUUGGGUCGAUUGUGAACUUUAGCCAAGACCCGGAGGUGCACUUCAAGUAUAUUCAAGCCGCUUGCAAGACGAACCAGAUCAAGGAGGUAGAGCGCAUUUGCCGCGAAUCAAACUGCUACAACGCGGAGCGUGUCAAGAACUUCCUGAAGGAGGCGAAACUGACCGAUCAGCUGCCGCUGAUUAUAGUGUGCGAUCGCUUCGAUUUUGUGCAUGACUUGGUACUCUAUCUGUACCGCAACAGCCUGCAGAAGUACAUUGAAAUUUACGUGCAAAAGGUGAACCCGUCGCGAUUGCCCGUCGUCGUUGGUGGUUUGCUGGAUGUCGACUGUUCCGAGGACAUUAUCAAGAAUUUGAUCCUGGUGGUGAAGGGCCAGUUCUCGACGGACGAGCUGGUAGAGGAGGUUGAGAAGCGCAACCGGCUGAAGCUGCUGCUGCCGUGGUUGGAGUCGCGUGUCCACGAGGGAUGCGUCGAACCAGCGACACACAACGCGCUGGCUAAGAUCUACAUCGACUCGAACAACAACCCGGAGCGGUUCCUGAAGGAGAACCAGUUCUACGAUAGUCGCGUCGUUGGACGGUACUGUGAGAAGCGCGAUCCGCAUCUCGCGUGCGUUGCCUACGAAAGGGGUCAGUGCGAUCGGGAGCUGAUCGCGGUGUGCAACGAGAACUCGUUGUUCAAAUCUGAAGCACGGUACCUGGUGCGUCGCCGUGAUGCAGAGCUGUGGGCCGAGGUUCUGUCGGAAGCGAAUCCCUACAAGCGUCAGCUGAUUGACCAGGUCGUGCAGACUGCACUGUCAGAGACGCAGGAUCCGGACGAUAUUUCCGUCACCGUGAAGGCGUUCAUGACGGCCGAUUUGCCGAACGAGCUAAUCGAGCUGCUGGAGAAGAUUGUACUCGAUUCGUCCGUGUUUUCGGAUCAUCGCAACCUGCAGAACCUACUCAUCCUAACGGCAAUCAAGGCGGAUAGGAGCCGCGUUAUGGAUUACAUCAAUCGGUUGGACAAUUACGAUGCGCCUGAUAUCGCCAACAUUGCGAUCAAUAAUGAGCUGUACGAGGAGGCGUUUGCGAUCUUCAAGAAGUUCGACGUAAACACGUCCGCGAUACAGGUGUUGAUCGAGCAGGUUAACAAUCUGGAGCGCGCUAACGAGUUUGCCGAGCGGUGCAAUGAGCCGGCUGUGUGGUCGCAGCUAGCCCGCGCCCAACUGCAGCAGGGUCUGGUGAAGGAGGCGAUCGACAGUUACAUCAAAGCGGAUGACCCAAGCGCGUACAUUGACGUGGUGGAAACGGCCAGUAAAAACGACUCCUGGGAGGAUCUGGUGCGCUACCUGCAGAUGGCACGCAAGAAAGCUCGCGAGAGCUACAUCGAGAGCGAGCUGAUUUACGCGUACGCUCGUACCGGUCGGUUGGCCGAUCUGGAGGAGUUUGUGUCCGGACCGAACCAUGCCGACAUUCAGAAGAUCGGCGAUCGGUGCUUCAACGACCGUAUGUAUGAGGCGGCCAAGCUGCUGUACAACAAUGUCAGCAACUUUGCACGCCUCGCCAUCACGCUGGUGCACCUGCGCGAGUUCCAGGGUGCGGUGGAUGGCGCACGCAAAGCCAACUCGACGCGCACUUGGAAGGAGGUGUGUUUUGCCUGCGUGGACGCGGAAGAGUUCCGGCUGGCGCAGAUGUGCGGCCUGCAUAUUGUGGUGCAUGCGGAUGAGCUGGAGGAUCUGAUCAACUACUAUCAGGAUCGGGGCUACUUCGAGGAGCUGAUUGGUCUGUUGGAGGCCGCACUGGGGCUGGAGCGGGCGCACAUGGGCAUGUUUACUGAGCUGGCAAUCCUGUACUCCAAGUACAAACCGGCUAAGAUGCGUGAGCAUUUGGAAUUGUUCUGGUCCCGUGUCAACAUCCCGAAGGUGCUGCGGGCAGCCGAACAGGCGCAUCUCUGGUCCGAACUGGUGUUUUUGUACGACAAAUACGAGGAGUACGACAACGCUGUGCUGGCAAUGAUGGCACAUCCGUCCGAGGCGUGGCGAGAGGGCCACUUCAAGGACAUUAUUACAAAGGUUGCCAACAUUGAGCUGUACUACAAGGCGAUCCAGUUCUACUUGGACUACAAGCCACUGUUGCUGAACGACAUGCUGCUCGUGUUGGCACCACGCAUGGACCACACGCGAGCGGUCAGCUUCUUCACAAAGCAAGGCCACCUGCAGCUCGUGAAGACCUAUCUGCGGUCAGUGCAAAGCCUCAACAACAAGGCGAUUAACGAGGCACUGAAUGGGCUGCUGAUUGACGAGGAGGACUACCAAGGUCUACGUACGUCGAUUGAUGCGUUCGACAACUUUGACAACAUUGCUCUGGCACAGAAGCUCGAGAAGCACGAAUUGACCGAAUUCCGUCGCAUUGCCGCUUACUUGUACAAAGGAAAUAACCGCUGGAAGCAGAGUGUGGAGCUGUGCAAAAAGGAUCGUCUCUUCAAGGAUGCGAUGGAGUACGCAGCCGAGUCCCACCAGGGUGAGCUGGCGGAGGAGCUGCUUGGAUGGUUCUUGGAGCGGGGCGCAUACGAUUGCUUCGCAGCAUGCUUAUUCCAGUGCUACGAUCUCCUGCGACCCGAUGUUAUACUAGAAUUGGCAUGGCGUCAUAACAUUAUGGACUUUGCAAUGCCUUACAUCAUCCAGGUGACGAGAGAGUAUACCUCCAAGGUGGACAAACUCGAAGCGUCCGAUGCAGAGCGGCAAAAGGAAGGUGACAGCACCGAGCACAAGUCGAUCAUCAUGCCCGAACCGCAGCUCAUGCUGACGGCUGGGCCUGGUAUUGGAAUGCCCCAGUAUGCGCCGCAGUACGCCGGUGCGUACGUGCCCCAGCAACCAAAUAUGGCUCCAUACCAGUACGGUGGUAUGUAAAAGCGCAACGCAACUGAGCAAGCUAGCACCGGAAGUGGGACGUGCGAGGCAGUCGCAACAGCAGCACAGCCACCAGGCACACUGGCCUUGUGUAUAGAGACGGGUAAAUGGGAUGGGAUGCGCAAUACCGUUGGAU